UUUUUAUUCAAUGGACCUUACUUCUCUGCGAGUUUGCAUGGAUUCAUCCUACUGGCUUCAGGGGACGGAGUCUGAUAUAGAUUGUUCAUCACUAUCGGGGGAUAUACUGACAUGCUCGAGGCCGUUGGUUGGAAGGAGGCUAAGAACCCCUCAUGAGGAAGCUGUCAAGUGCCCUAGGUGUGAGUCCACGCACACCAAAUUUUGCUACUACAACAAUUACAGCCUUUCCCAGCCCAGGUACUUCUGCAAGACCUGUAGGAGGUACUGGACCAAGGGAGGCACGCUCAGGAACAUUCCUGUUGGUGGAGGCUGUAGAAAGAAGAAGAAAGUUUCGUCCAAAAAGUCCACUCCAUCCAUCAACAUUGCUGAAUCAUCCACUUCUCUUCUUCAGCUCGCUAAUUUCCCUGAAAUGCACGCCAACUUCAUGGGGGGAAACACCUACAAUUCCCUGCUGGAAUAUCCAAUGCCCAUUGAUAUCACGGACAGUAAGUUGGAAGCCAUUGCCAGGAACAAUGAUUUUAUGGGGAAUGGUACUGAGUUUGAGGGAGAUAUGGGUCAUGGGCUCUGCUCUCCAUAUGUGAUGUCCAUUGAUGCUACAUUCAUGGACAGGAUGAUGCUUCCUAGGCCUUAUAAUGAUACAAAUGAAGAUGUGAAACCCAACAACAAACUGCUGUCCGAUGCCGGAUACAUCAACAGCUUGGGAUCAUGGAGUGGAGUGAUGCAUAUUCAUUAGUCUCAUCUCUGCAAUCAACUGCUACCUACAUCAAAUCCCGGAGGCAGCUCAAAAUGACAGUGAAUUAUAUAUAUAGCAUCAAGCUCCUAGUAACAAUGCAUUUAAUUAUUCAGUAGGUUUCUGCUGUUAUUUCGAGCAAGAUAUAGAUUGGCUUUUCCCUUGUUU